GUGUUUGAGGGCAAAAUAGAGAAAGCUAGCUCCUAUCUUUUGGCUAGUAAUAUUGCUAAGUUCGAGAAUGUAGGAAGUUCCCUUAAAGGUAACAUCGAAAGUCAGUUAAAGAUAUCGUUAUUUGACCAGCAUGUUCUUGAAUACUGCUCUCCAAGUGCCUUGUUUUGCAGUAGAAAUAAUUGUGUCAAAGGUCUUCACGUUGUUGAGCUUGGACGAGCCAGAGCCCUAGCAGAUUCAAUGUCAUGCAGCUCAGUGCUACGUAAAAAACGAAGUAUAUGCUAAUGACCUUUUUUGGGGUGCUGUUGAAAGGCGUAUGAACAUUGGAAAUAACUGUUCCUUCCUGUACAUUUCCUUCUUUGUCAAUUCUCUGUUUCUUUGGCUUUUUAAUAAGCGAGGCGAACUGGGCACGGCAUGAUUCGUUUCCAAGAAGUAAAUACGAAACAAAAGGAGGGUGACGUGUUUGACAGCGAAUGGUUACAAAAGGUAGCUUCCCUACGUCGUGAGCAGUGUGAAGAUCGAUCUUGGUUUCCAUCCCAAGUCAAGCAUCAAAAACAUGAUGAACAACAUCGCAGUACUUACUCUUGCUGAGUCUUUGCUGAAUGUUACAAAUUGUUUCUCGAGCCGUUAGCUGACUGCCUCUGUGAUGAAACCGAAAUCAUAAUUGUUCCCAAUCGCUGCUUGUUCAGAGUACCGUUUGCAGCGUUGGAGGAUGAAAGAGGAAAGUAUUUAUCAGAUUCCUUCAGGAUCCGCAUCAUUCCCUCAUUGUUGACUAUUAAGCUCAUUCAGGACAGUCCAUGAGACUAUCACAGUCAGACUGGAGCACUGAUUAUAGGAGGCCCCUAUGUUGGUCUGGUGCGCUAUGGGGACCAUGAAAUCCAGGCAAAGCCACUGUCUCGUGCUAGAAAAAAAGCAGAGAGAAUUGGCAAACAACUCCAAGUUCUUCCUUUGCUAGAAGAAAAAGCAAAAAAAGAGGCGGUUCUUCAAAGAAUUAAUACUGCAAGUGUUAUUCAUUUCGCUGCUAAUGAUGACGAAACGUGGAGAAAUCAUUCUUGCUCCUAUGCACCCUUUUUAUUGGAAACCAGGAGAAGAGAAAGCGCGAGAAGAAGAGAUACCGAGAGAUGAAGACUACAUAUUGACAAUGGCCGACAUCUCACAAGUUCGACUGCAAGCCAAAUUGGUUGUCCUUAGCAGUGUUGCCACAGCGCAAGUGGACGCAUCAGUGCCGAGGGAGUUGUUGGAAUUGCUCAUGCGUUCCUGGGAUCUGGUGCACGCUCAGUAUUAG